AUGGAUGCGCUCAAGAAUCUCGUCAGCAGCGUGCCCGACUGGCUGCACAAGCUCGAUGAGCUCAACGGUCAGAUUGAACAGCGCCAGAACGAGCUGGCCCAGCUGGCCGAAAAGGAUAAAGAAAAGUCGCCGAACGGGAGGUCAUCGAGCGCGCCAAAGUCGAUCCGGAACAAGGGCUCAACAGAGUCGCUGAGGCCGCGCGAUGAGCCCGAGGCGCACCCAAGGGAAUCAACACCACAGCCCCAGCUCGAAACCCGGAAUGAAAAUGGCGAUGCGCCAGCGGAUGCUGCAGCUGCGGGAGCCGCCGCCGCCAAGGCCGGCACCGAGCAACCGCCGGCCAGCCCGUCCGACUCGCAAUCGCCAUCUGCCAUUCAACGACAAGAAAACAAAGUGCGAGCGGCCGGUCAAGCACGCGCUCGGGCGACACUCAGGAAACGACAACGCACCGACUCGGUCAUCAGCGCCGAGGGCGGCCCGCCAAAGUAUCGGACCCGCAGCAUGAUCAUUGUCUACUAUGACAGCUACGUCCAGAUCUUCUUUGAAGAACUCGUCAAGUUUGUGAGCGCCAGCCGGAACAUGAUGCGCAAAGCCAAAAUGGCCGCCAAGGUAGCUCAGAUCAAGCGGUUAGCAGAGCUCGACAUGCCCGAUGAUGAUGAUGAGGACGAGAAAAAGGACGGCGCCAGGAACGACUUGACUCCGGCAGCCGGCGAUGGAGCCAUCGUGGCUGCCCCUGCAUCCCCCAACGCUGACGCCGAGGCAAUCCCGGCUCUUCAAUACGUCAGCACACGACGAUUGAUGGGCGGAGGGCCAUCAGCGAUGAUGGCUGCCAGAGCAUCCAUGGGACGCGGUUACGGUCGAGCUGGCGGCCGCGGCAACAUCAUCCUUGGACCCAAUGGAAAGCCGCUACAGAGCGAUGUCUAUGAUGAGCUCGACAAGGGACUCGAGUUUGUCCAGAGCAUGUGCGAGCACGCCGCUCAUCAAUUCCUGCGGGACGGCGACUGCGGGGAGGAGGUGAUCAAGAUUCAGCGGCGGCUACGAGAGACCAAGGAGCUGGCCGACAAGGAGAUGGACCGUGUCAAGAAGGAGAGUCCUGCCCCUCUUCAGAAAGAUGCCGAGGAGACGCGGGGCAGGAGCUAUCGCCCGCAAAGCAUGCGCAAAGACAACCUGAAUGCCUUGAAGGCUGCCGAGACCAACGGACUGGGCAGUGAGAUGAAGCUCGAGGUGGACGAUGGAGCGGAGGAGGUGGAGGUGGUGUUGCCCCCAAGGCUGAUGUACAGGAGCACACGGGCGAUGAAAUCUCAAUAA